GUGAUGAAUAUCUUGAUUGGAAAUAACUCCUUGGUGACUGAGUUUGUUCUUGCUGGAUUGACAGAUCAUCCAGGACUUCAGCUACCCCUCUUUUACUUGUUUCUAGGGAUCUACAUUGUCACCAUGGUGGGCAACAUUGGCUUGAUUAUGCUUAUUGGUCUCAAUUCUCACCUCCACACCCCCAUGUACUAUUUCCUCUUCAACCUCUCCUCCAUUGAUCUCUGUUACUCUUCUGUUUUCACUCCCAAAAUGCUGAUGAACUUUGUCUCAAUAAAGAAUGUCAUCUCUUAUGUGGGGUGCAUGACUCAGCUGUUUUUCUUCCUCUUUUUUGUCAUCUCUGAAUGCUAUAUGUUGACUUCAAUGGCCUAUGAUCGCUAUGUGGCCAUCUGUAAUCCAUUGCUGUACAAGGUCACUAUGUCCCAUCAGGUGUGUUCUGUGCUAUCUUUUGCUUCUUAUAUGAUGGGUUUUGCUGGAGCCACUGCCCACACAGGCUGCAUGCUUAGACUAACCUUCUGCAACGCCAGUGUCAUCAACCAUUACUUGUGUGACAUACUCCCACUCCUCCAACUUUCUUGUACAAGCACCUAUGUCAAUGAGGUAGUAGUUCUCAUUGUCGUGGGUAUUAAUGUUACAGUCCCCAGUUUUACCAUCCUAAUUUCUUAUGUUUUUAUUCUUAAUAGCAUUCUUCACAUCAAAUCUACUCAAGGAAGAUCAAAAGCCUUCAGUACCUGCAGCUUUCACAUUGUUGCUAUCUCACUAUUUUUUGGGUCAGGGACCUUUAUGUAUCUUGCAUACUCUUCUGGAUCAAUGGAACAGGGAAAAGUUUCUUCUGUUUUCUACACUAAUGUUGUACCCACGGUCAAUCCCUUAAUCUACAGUUUGCGGAACAAGGAUGUCAAAGUUGCGCUGAAGAAAGCCAUGAUGAAGGCUCAUAGCAGAAUCACAUUCUCAUAA